UUUGCAAUUUCAUGAUUUGGCAUUAACUUAUGGAUCGUUUAUUUACGUUUGAGGUUAGGGUAUGACUUCCCAACAGAGAUGUACCCAUCCAACCACAAAACUGUAUUCGUGCUUGACCACACACCGUAUUUCGGUAUUUCGACGGAAAGUCCCUUGGAAUUUGAUUGCUUAAAGAGUCGAGGGCAGAAUCUCAUUCCACUAGCUCCGAUUUGCAAGUCACUAUGGACCACCAGCGUAGAAUCGUCUAUGGAAUAUUGUCGCAUCGUCUGGGAUUUAUUUCCUACGGGAAAGCUGGUAAGGUUUGUCGUCAGCGACCAUGCAGCCCAUAUACUAAACACGUGGAGUCCCCUGCAACAGAAUUUAUCUCAUAUAAUGAAUGGAAUGGCGAUAAUAGGAGUACCUCCAAGAGCUCACCAGCCCAGCGUGGACUUUUCGGUGAUACAUGGAUUAAGGGUUGCUAUCGAAGCCCUUACGGAAUGUUCAGAAAUCCAGCAUGAAAAGAGAACCUCCUUAACGGAGAAUGCAAGUAAAUUAUUAAACAGCGGCAGAGUGAUAUGUAUUACAAGCGCACGCGACAACAUCAAUAUGAAGAGUUUGGAGAAUAUCUUUUUAAAUCAACUCGCACAGCAGAAUAAAAUAGCUUUGGCUUCGGACCAUUUAAUACCGAUACAUCAUUGUCAUCUAGUGAUUCUUAAUAUUUUUCCUAAUAACGUGGAAUCUCAAGUCACUACGCAGCCACAGAGGGAAGUGUCUCCGCAGUUAUCCAUGGAAGUGUAUUCCAUGAAGGCUUCGACGUUACAUUCCAAAUUGUCACACUUGAUCCUGUCACACUACGAUCUGGCCAGCACCACGGUGACAGGGAUUCCGAUGAAGGAAGAGCAAAAUGCCAGUUCUUCUGCUAAUUACGACGUAGAGAUCUUUCACUCUUCCACGGCUCACACAGCCAUUUUAAGAGGUAAUCCACAAGACUCUGCCCUUAUAAAGACUUUUCGAAGGUUCGAAGAAGGCUCAGAAUACGAGACGGUGACAUUAAAAUGGUGUACACCGAGAGGUUGCAGUGCAUCAGAGAUGCAAAACUGCACCGCGAUGCAUCGAAUAACUCCAGUAGACGUCAACAGCAGGCCCUCCUCCUGCUUAAUUAAUUUCCUCCUAAACGGUCGCUCGGUCAUGCUUGAAAUGGCUAGGAAAAGUGGUGGCAAGACAAUAUCACACCUGUUGGCAUCCCACGGUGGAGAAAUAUUUAUACACACCUUGUCGACAGCCAGGAGCGUUCUCGAAGACCCACCCUCAAUCAGCGAAGGCUGCGGUGGACGAGUUACGGAUUACAGAAUAACGGACUUUGGAGCAUUAAUGCGUAACAAUGUCCUAGUGCCAUUGAAACGCAGUCCAACCGACGACGGAGAAGGGCCCGUCUCGAAGACGAGAACGAGACUAGAAAGGCACACCAAAUAUUGGCCGAUAACGAUCUCAAGUACUCUAAUGUUUAACCUGAAGCAACUGGUCGAUCCAUUGCCGGAGUUGCUCGUCAAGGAGGAGCUCUCAGUGGAGGAGGUAGUCCAGUGCAAGCAAAUCAUUUUCGGUCUGCUGCAGCUGGAAGCAAAGCACGAAGCUUUACCAUUGCCUAGUCUGGGUGGAGGUCGAGGUGGGAAGGGAGGUAUUCGUCGAGAGGAGCACUACCGUCUGCUCUGGGGAGAGCUCGAGACGUUCCUGAGAGGACACGCUAACAACUCCGCAUCCCACGCGGAAGUACUUAACUGUUUACUCGAAGUCCACAAUAAAGACGACAAGGACAAAGUGGAGUUGGAUCAGGCCCUGCGUGAAUUAGACGGGCUAGGAAAAGAAGACGUGACCGCCCGGGCGAGCGUGAUAAGAGCGACAACGGACUCCCCGAUGUCCCCACCACCGUGCACCCCGGUUGGAAAGCCUUCCACAUUGCAAAAAAGCAUUAUUCCGCAACCAAAGAGCCUCCUAGACAUCUGGCUGCAGCGGAGUGCCCCGCGCGAGAAGAAGCCCGAGUUCCACGGAAGACUCAACUGCGAGGGGAACAAAGCGAAGCUCUAUCCCAACGUGAAGGAGAUCGGCCGGGAACAGCGAGAAACGAUCCUGGAGGCCUGAAAGUACAACCGACUCACCUGGGACAAUUUAAUCCUUUCCCGGACACACAAAAGGGACGAAGAGAGACGCUCCUUCCACCCCCUCGACUCAAGAUCCGAUUUUCUUGUACAUACCGCACCGUCCAGCUUCAAACACCACUAUGUCACAAUGUGUCACCGACAUCUCUACAAAUUCCAUUUACCGCGGUCAGAGCUGCUCGCAAUUUCGCGGAGAGAAAUUAACGCUAUUUAAUCCACGAACAAGAGGAAGUGGAAAGAAUGCUACAACCUCGUGAACAAUCAGGGACGAGUACUAUCGAGUGAGGCGAUCGCUCAUUAACGCGGCCGAAUGACGUACAAAGUCGAAACAAUCGCGUAAUCACGUUCGGUACAAACACCAGUAGUAAUUCCUUUAUCAAGUGUGCAGCUUCGAAAAAUAAAAGGAACAUCCGUCAAACCAUCCGAAA